GAGAAAUGUAAACAGCAGAGAGUGUUGGCUGUGACCUGGGUUACUGCACCUACUAUCAAGAAGAAGAAGACCUGGUGUAGGGCGGCAUUGGUUUACCCGCAGGUGUUGUACAGCUGCAGCUGUAUGCCCAACUGUUCCUUAUAUUCCGUAUUCCAGUACAUGGGUGCUCAUUCGGGCCGGAAUUGUCAUACCCCGUAAUAUUUAUCAGUGUCACCGCAGAAAUGUUAAAUUUCAUUGCCCAGCAAGCAUGGAAAUAUCCUAUGAUGCAUUCUUCAAUAGUUCUAAGGCUCAUCAGCAAGAGUGCAAAGACUUUGGUCAAUAAUCAAUCGACACAGACCAAAAAGUAUUACACUAGGAGCUGGUACUCAAUCAUUUAUCAUUAUUACAGUAAUAUGACUAGCCACAAUGAAGCAAAGAGCUUUGUAUACCACUUCCCAAGAAUUAAGACUGUGUCUGUGCUUCAGCUUGAUGAAACAUUAUCUAUACUACAGUCUCAAGGCUUCAGCUGGGAUGAAGUAAAGGAGCAUAAGGAGAUUCUCUUGCUUCAGCCGGGACACUUGAGAGAGCGUAUUCAAGUGUUACAUGACCUCUCAAUAGUUAAGCCCACACUGCCUCAAGUAUCUUAUGUCUCGGAACUCAUGCAUUAUAGUGUACGUGUUUUGAGAGAUAAUGGAGUCUUCUCUCAAAGUUUUGAUGUUGUUGGUCAUCUUCUCAACAUCGCCAAGGUCUUUCAACUUCCUGAGGGAGUGCAAGAUCAGUUUCUUCAAAAAUAUCAAGGUGAUGAAAAUUGCUCACUAAAGGACCUGCAUGUGUUUCUUCUGAAGCACUUUCUUGCACUAAGGUUUGCAAAGGACAUUCAGGAGGUUGAAAUGUUAUUUGAAAAUAAUUGGUUACCCGUCUGGAAAUCACUUGGUUCUUACAUUUGCAUAUGUGAUGUUAUUGUUGCCUCAUUAAAAUUUGACUUCUCAACAGUGCUAGCUAAUAAAUUUGUAUUAAACUUGGAUCCAGAAAAAGUGAAAGGCCUGCUAGAAAACUAUCCAUAUAUUGGCAAAUCAACUGCAGUGGAUGUCAUCAAGGCUUUUCCAAGCCUUCUGCUAAUACCAGUUAUAAACAUUGAAAGGUGGAUUAACCUGCUUGAAAAAUACCAAGUUACAAAAUUCAAAUUCAAUGCAGCUGCUUUGAGGCUUUUUAAAAUUAAUACCUUCAAGGAUGCUGAAGAAAGAUUGCAAGUUCUAUCAAGACUUCCAGAAUGGCCAAUCAUUUGUUUGUCAGAACAUUUGUUUUUUAUCCUUCGAAACUCAAAAUCCGUCAAGAGGAUAUUGAAUGCUGCUGAGGCUGGACAACUGGCUAGCUUAACUGCAAUUUUGGACACUCGUAUAUGUGGGAACAUUAACCGCUUACGUAAAGCCCCUUUGGAAUCGUGUUCCUAUGUGGCAGAAGAGCUGAAUAUCCAUCAAGAUGAGGUUAAAGAACUGCUGACUGGUAUCCAGUUCAUACAUUUUGGCAUGGCUAACAUUAAGAUGGUGCUGAAGCUACUUUUUGAUUUUGGGUUUACAAGGGAACAGAUAAUAAAUGGUAUAAUGAUUCUGAACUUUGAACAAGACUUAGUUAAGCAAGGACUGCAAGGAUUUCCUACGAGGCCCGAGGCUCAACCCUUCGAUGAAUGGAUGGAGAAUCCAUUUGUGCUUCAUCUCCUGGCUUAUUGUAUCAAAAAAGAUGUUCCAAACGUUGAUUUACCCAUAAGAAGAUAGAAUGGCUUGAUCAUAGCAGAACUAUGUAUGAAUUUAUUAUAUAUAUAUUGUCCA